AUGUCAGAUGCUUAUUAUAAGCGUGACGAAGCUAUUGAUUAUUGUCUCAAGUUGAUGGAUGAAGAUCUCGACAGACAAAACAAGAAAUUACAAGAAGAUCCCGACGACUUUGAAGUCAAGAACCAUAUCUUCACUCAAGAAUCCAUGGUAGGUUGUUGA